AUGCUUGCCACACUCGUUUCAACUCGUAAGUAUUUUUUUUAUUCUGCAAACAUGUGUAAAUUAUCUAGAAAUCUUUUUGAAAGGAGCAUUUGUUGGAAUAAAAUUUUUGAUUUUCGACCAGUUUAAUUUUUUCAUCGUUGGGUUAAAAAAAGCGUGUUUUUGAAUGGUUAGCUAAGCUUAUGCGAAAUCAACCUUUAACUCAAAAACUUUCGAAUUUUUAAUUUGUCAAAAAUGUUUUUUUAAAAAUAAAUUGAAACCUGAAUUUUAUUUGACCAAUUCAUCAUUUUUUUCACAAACUACAGCUAUUCAGAAAGAUUUAUAAAUAUUAAUAAAUACGACCAUCUCGAAUUUAAUAUUUCUGAUAUUUUUAAAAAGGUUUUUUUCCAUUUUUUUCUACAUGAAAUCAUCACUUUUGGAGUAGAAAUCCAUUGUAUUGUCUUUUUAAGUAAUGUUCAAAAAAAGGAAGCUAUCAAUCGAUUCCAAAAUUUAAAUAAAAAAAAGUAGUUUAUGUUUAUUUCCUUUGAAAAAAAGUCAUCAGCAUUAAUCAGUGUAUUGAAAAAAAUCAGAACAAUUUAGCGAGAAAUAGGACGAAUUUGUGAUGAGAAACCCGAAUUGCCUGAAAUUUAAGUGCUCUCUGUAAAAAAUAUAGGCCACUUAGAACGUGUACAAUAGGUUUUCUUUUUUCUGAAACGUCCAGAAAUCGUUUUGCGCUCUAGGAACUGGUUUGUUCACCAGUGCCUUUUUACAGUAACUUUUUUUUCCAAAUUCUCAUGGUCUCGCAGACUCAUUUCACUGUUCUUUCCAGACUGCGUUACUCAAAGAAACUAAUAUAUUUUUGUCUAGAAGAACCUGCGAGACUCUCUAAAAAAAUUUCUUUAGUUUCGACCUUUUUUUGCUCGCUAAAACUGAAUAGGUUCUGCAACGAGAAAGUUCAUAUUUGACAUUAAUUGUAAUUUCAAUUUCUAUGUUAUUCAGUAAAAGGAGAUUGUUUUUGAUCGGUGGAAUACACGCCACAUUUCCAAUAUUGCAAAGAAAAAAAUUGAAAAUUGAAACAAAAAAACCAUGAAAAUUAGAACAACUAUUCAAAAUGAGAAAAAUUUUGAGAAUUUCACCUUUUAACAUUCCUUUCAUUCCGUGUUGAAUAUUCAGUCGAGGUCGUCGCUCUCAUUCUUAGGUUUCCGCCCAGAGCAAAGUCUCCAGGCACCAGCACAAGAUUCGCUGCAUUCUGAGCUCGCCAAGGCGCAACUGGAUAGACUACGCGCAGAAGAACCAGGCGAAGGACCGUAAGACCAUGUCUUCAACUCUUCCGAAUACACGUUUGGACUUCUAGUUUGCCAAAGGCGGUUGUUCGUUACAGCUUUUAAAGUUCUUGUUCACCGCCUAGUGAAUUACAUCAUACUAAAACAACAAAAAAAAAAGAUUUGAUUGAUUACAGUUCUAUGUAACUUCUUUCUGAACGAACGGAUUUUUUCGAUAGCCUUAAAGUUACUGCGACUAUUGCUUGAAAGUUUCUUUGAAAAGUAGUUAAUCCUACUCCCAAAAUGUACAUACAACUUCGUGAAGGCCUGUUUAUAUUUUAUUUUGAAUUGAACUGUAGACUGAAAGUUUGUGACCUUUGUUAUAACAAACUCCACAUGUCUUCUUCUGUCCAUAACGUCCUCCAAAAAAUAAAAAAAAGUUGAGAAGAAUGUACACACACUGAGACUGGCAAACAGUGAUCGUUGCCUUGAAAACAUUCACAAUCGGUCUAUUUUUUCCACUCGUUCGGGCUGGACCACGUGAGUAGGAAGGCUUUUGAUCCCACCCCUCUGGCCGACGGCCAUUGGUAGGUUCUUUGUCCUGAGGCCGUUUACUUCUCAAGUUCGAGCCUAAUAGCAAUCGGAACAACCAAGAGAAGCCCCUUCGUCGGUCCUUAUCUUUGCCAAUCGUUGUCUUUCAAAUACACCGCGAGGCUUGCCGCUUGGUCCAUUUUUAAUCAUUUCAUUUGAUCAACUCUCGCUCACUGGUGUCAGCCGCUACAUGUCUUAAAAGUAAUUAGGGGCUCGUGAAUUUUGAAUAUUUCAUUAUUAUUAUACUAAUUCACGUCUAAUUUUCAGUGAUAAAUUUCGUUUACAGGGGUGUUUUUUUUUCAAAUUUUGAGUCCAAUUAAUUUCAGCUACAAUGGCAUUUGCUACACCUGUUGUUCGUCGUGAUUUUAAUUUGUACGAAAGGAAAAAAAGAAGUCGAACAACUUCUUCGAAGCCUAGCAACAGCGGAUCUCCAAAAACUCUACCAGGUUGGUUUUUCUUGUUGUAGACGAAGGAAUUCAGAAAAUUCAUGAACAAUUUCAGUAACUCAAGGAACUUCAUUGGACUCGUUACUUGACAGACAUCAGCAGUUGAAACAAUUGCGAGAGCGCAGGCAACAAGACAGGUAAACUUUACGAAAAAACAGUUUAACGCAGGAAAACUUUUUUCCCAAUGAAUUCGUUUUCUGGUUUGUUUUUUAAAAAAUAACAAACGCGUCUCCGAGGAAAAAAGAGAGAUCAAAUUUCAGAAUGAUCCGGAGAUGCCACACGAUCACGCUGCGAAAAAUAUCAGUGAUAACUGAAGACGAAGAGGAAAACGACCACGAGAGCACGCUCAUCGAAAAAAUCUGUGAGGAGCUCGAAAAACCGCUAAUGACCGAGGUACGUCAAACGGCCCCGUUUUUAAUGAGAUAAGAAAUAACUUCGAUACAAAUUGAUUCACGAGGGUAGAAAUCCAAAACUUCCUUCUUAUUUUGCAAUACCUCCAUAGAUCAAUCAAGGCAAGUGAAACUCACAUGCGAUUAAAUCUUCACCUUCACUUUAUAAACCGCAUUUCUUCACGUAGUAAUCUUCUUAGUGACUCAAAGAUGGUCCUUCCGACUGUCUUUCAGAGCCUGUGUGUCUAAGAAAAAAAAAAUGAACCCAAUGCGAAUCAUGUGAUUCCAUGUUUCAGGACAACUUGUCCCACACAACUAGUUUGGAGAGCACCUCUCAAAAUGCCGACUCGACAAAAAACAAGAAAAAGAGCAUGAUGGGUCUGUUCAACCAGUGGGUCCGCAGCCAUUCUUUCCGUCGCAAGAAAUCAGAGAAGUCUGCCCCCACUUACUGA